AUGACAGUGGAGGAAUCUGUCAAGCGCCAGAAAGUCGGCGCUAGUGGGGCUGCGACAAAAGUCAGAAAGUCCAAGAUUUUCUCCCCGUUCCGGAUCAUCGGCCAUGUUUCCAACGGAGUGCCCUUUGCAGUGGGUACUUUGGGUCAGACGUUUUACAUCGCCACCGUUGUGGGUAGAUCGUUCCAAAUAUACGACGCGGCCACGCUUCAUCUGCUGUUCGUGUCUUCCAACCAGACAGAGUCGCCCAUUAGGUCGAUCACCGCCCAUUUCCACUACAUCUACUGCUCUUACGGGAACAAAAUAGGCAUUUUUAGAAGAGGCAAGCUCGAGAAGGAACUAGUGGCUCCAACGGCCGAUUCAAUCAACAAGGUGGAGAUUUUCGGUAACUAUUUGGUUGCCGUGACAAAUUCGUCCUUAUUUGUGUUUGAAAAGAAAGAUCAAAAGUACGCUACCGAGUACUACGGAGAAAUCAAGGUCAAUUCGUUAAACGGAGAGAUCGUCGAUAUUGUCCAUCCUCCAACGUACGUUAACAAGGUUGUUGUUGCCACAACGUCGCAUUUGCUGAUUUUCAACGUCAGAUCGUCCAAGUUGGUGUACAGCUCCGAGGAGUUCGUGGACGGAAUCACGUGCGUUGAGUGUGCUCCCGCACUGGACAUUUUGGCCGUUGGUAACGGUGUUGGCUCGUUUUCGAUCUAUAAUCUCAAGAAGGGGAAAGUGCUCAAAUCCGUGAACACGGGAUCGAACUCCAAAAUCACCUCAUUGUCCUUCAGAACAGACGGUUCGCCCCAUAUCGCAAGCUCCAUGGUCAACGGAGACCUGUUCUUCUACGACCUGGAAAAGAAAGCUAGGGUCCACGUUCUCAGAAACGCACACAAACAGGUCUGUGGUGGAGUGUCGAAGGUGCAGUUCCUUAAUGGCCAGCCGAUCCUGGUCACUACGGGAGCAGACAACAGUCUGAAGGAGUACGUUUUUGAUCCUGCUCUUUCGUCCAACUCCAGCGUUGUUUCUCCGCCAAGACACCUCCGGUCUCGUGGAGGCCACUCGGCACCACCUAGUUGCAUCAGCUUCGCAGACUCCAAGUCGCACUUUCUGCAAUCUGCCUCGCAAGACCGCUCGUUCUGGACGUUUUCCUUACGUAAGGACGCACAAUCCCAGGAAAUGUCCCAGAGACAGUCGGCCGUGAAGGACAACAAGCGCCAGGCGGGGAUUUCGUCCGGGUUCAAAGACAAGUUCCCGCCAAUCACCAUGAUUGCCCAAGAGAAUGCCAGAGAAGGCGAAUGGGCCAACAUCGUCACUGCUCACCAGGACGAGACGUUUGCUCGAACAUGGGACUCCAGAAACAAAAAGGUCGGCAAGCACACCUUCGACACCAUCGAUGGAGGAAUCGUCAAGGCCGUCAGCAUCACUCAAUGUGGAAAUUUCGCGCUGGUCGGUUCCAGUUUGGGAGGAAUAGGAGUCUACAACUUGCAGAGUGGAAAGAUUCGUAAAAAUUACAAGCUGCACAAAAAAACCGUCACCGGAGUUGCUGUGGACGGAAUGAACAGAAAGAUGGUUUCGUGCGGACUGGACGGUCUAGUCGGAUUCUAUGAUUUCAGUCAGUCGCGGUACCUUGGAAAAUUGCAGCUCGACGCCCCAAUCACCCAGAUGGUGUACCACAGAGGAUCCGAUUUGGUUGCAUUUGCAUUGGACGACCUGUCGAUCGUUGUUGUGGACACUGCCGCCCAGAAAAUCGUCAGACAGCUGUUUGGACACUCGAACCGUAUCACUGCUAUGGACUUCUCGCCAGACGGCAGGUGGAUUGUCUCUGCUUCGCUCGACUCCACCAUCAGAACGUGGGAUCUGCCUACCGGUGGCUGUAUUGACGGAAUCAUGGUCCCUAACACGGUGACCAGCUUGAAGAUGUCUCCAUUGGGUGAUUACCUUGCAACGACCCAUGUCAACGGUGUGGGAAUUUCCUUGUGGACCAACCGGUCGCAGUUCAGACCAAUCUCCACCAAACAUAUCGAGGAAACCGAGUUUGCAACCAUGAUGCUGCCAAAUGUCAGUGGAGAGAACGGAGCCAGUGUUCUGGAUGGAGCCUUUGUCGAGGAAGAGGAGGCUGCCACCGGUACGUACGUUUCUGUUGCUCAGAUCGACAAGGAGCUCGUGACGCUCUCGUUGCAACCACGCUCGAAAUUUAAUACCAUCAUGCAUCUGGACACCAUCAAGAUGAGAAACAAGCCUACCGAGGCUCCUAAAAAGCCAGAGGCCGCUCCGUUCUUCUUGCAACAACCUGCAGAGGAGUCCAAGACAGAGGAGUCCAGAUUGAUGAAAUUGGACUCGGCCGUCUCGUUUGAGUCAGAGUUCACAAAGCUUCUGAGAGAAGGAGAAGAUGCAGGAUAUGACCAGUUCGUGGACUAUCUGGUGGCCAUGAGUCCUGCCAACUUGGACCUGGAACUGAGAACGCUCCAAACCACCGAACCAUACACGGAGCUCAAGAGAUUCAUCAAAGCUAUCAGCCAUGGUAUCAAGCAAAACACAAACUAUGAAUUAUUGGUUGCAAUUAUCUCUGUGUUCAUGAAGAUACACGCGGACGUGCUGUACAACCUUGAGGGCGAGGUUGCUGAUGUCUUGAACGAAUGGGACGAGCUUGCCUCGACAACCAACAAUAAGAUGGACGAUAUGACCAAAUACUGUUCUGCGGUCAUCAAUUUCAUAACGACAAUAUAA